AUGGCCACGACAGAUUCUAAGCUCAGAGCAGCCAUCUUGGUUGUAUCCGAGACUGCAUCUCAGGAUCCUUCGACCGACAAGUGUAUACCCGUUCUCAAGCAAGUCUUCGGCGAUCUCGGCAACAACCAAUGGGAUGUUAGCGAGACCGAGAUCGUGCCCGACAACGCCCUUACCAUCCAGAAGACGAUUAAGAGUUGGACGGACAGGCCUGAGCCUGUCAGUCUUGUCAUCACCAGCGGAGGCACUGGAUUUGCCACCAAGGAUGUUACUCCAGAAGCAGUUACCCCGCUCAUAGACAGACAUGCCCCAGGCCUUGUCCAUGGCAUGUUGACGACCUCGUAUGCCGUCACGCCUUUUGCCCUAAUGGCGAGGCCUGUUGCUGGAGUGAGAAAGCAGACUUUGGUCUUGACCUUGCCUGGGUCCCCAAAAGGUGCCAAAGAGAAUCUGGAAGCGGUGCUGAAGCUGCUGCCCCACGCAUGCAUGCAAGCAGCCGGCGCAGCGUCACGACCGCUCCAUGCUGGUGGGGUAAAGAAAUUGGAACAAGACGCAGGCGUCUCAUCUGGGGGCACUUCUGCUGGGACUGGACAUCACCACCAUCACGGGCAUGGUCACUCCCAUGCUCAUGGCGGUCAUGCGGCCCCAAAAGCUCACACGAAGCCAGAGGAACGCCCACAGUCAAAUGAUCCCGCAGCGGGUCCAACGCGAAGAUACCGCUCUUCGCCAUACCCUAUGUUAGCUGUCGAUGAGGCCCUGAACCUGAUUGCAGAAAAGACGCCAGCUCCUAUUGUAGAGAAGGUGCCUGUAGACAUGAGGAUAGGCGGUUCCGUUCUUGCCGAGGAUGUCAAGGCGACUGAAUCCGUUCCCGCGUUCCGAGCUAGUAUCGUUGACGGGUAUGCUGUCAAGAUUCCUUCUUCUGGCAAGUUUGAAAAGGGCGUGUACCCCGUUUCCAUCAUCUCACACGCCCAAGCUGGCGAAGUUCAAGAAUUGAAAGAGGGAGAGAUUGCACGAAUUACCACGGGCGCACCACUUCCGCCUGGCGCCGACGCUGUGGUAAUGGUGGAAGACACCGUGCUGAAGACCUUGACAGAUGAUGGCCAAGAAGAAAAGGAGAUUGAGAUUCUUACGGAUGAAAUCAAGCCUAAUGAGAAUGUACGCGAGGUAGGCAGCGAUGUCAAGGAGGGCGAGAUUAUCCUCAAGAAGGGCGAGGGUGUUACUGUCGUAGGUGGAGAGUUUGGGCUCCUCGCCUCUGUCGGAACGCGAGAGGUAUCUGUAUACAAGAGGCCAAUAGUUGGAGUUUUGAGUACAGGAGACGAGAUUAUCCCUCAUAACAGAGAAGGACCACUUCGUCUAGGAGAAGUCCGUGAUACCAAUCGCCCUACGCUCAUCACCGCCGCACGAAGCCACAGGUUCGAAGUCAUUGAUCUAGGCAUUGCCUCUGAUAAGCCUGGUACCCUCGAGCAAACCCUGCGCGACGCCAUGCGCAAAUGCGACGUAAUCAUCACCUCAGGCGGCGUGUCCAUGGGCGAACUCGACCUCCUCAAGCCGACCAUUGAGCGCGCCCUCGGCGGCACCAUCCACUUUGGCCGUGUAAACAUGAAGCCGGGGAAACCCACCACGUUUGCCACGGUCCCCGUAAAAGACAACGCCGGCAGCCCCGUGACCAAAUCCAUCUUCUCGCUGCCAGGUAAUCCCGCCUCCGCCGUCGUAUGCUUCCAUCUCUUCGUGCUGCCCGCACUGCACCAGCAGGCGGGUAUCAAGCCCAUGGGCCUACCGCGCAUCAAGGUGGUGCUCGAGGAAGAUAUCCGCAUGGACAAGGCAAGACCUGAGUAUCAUCGUGCGCUGGUGGUGACCAAGGAGGAUGGACUGCUGUAUGCGAGUUCGACGGGCGGACAGAGGAGCAGUCGCAUUGGCAGUUUUAGAGGCGCAAAUGCGCUGCUUUGUAUGCCCAAGGGGGAAGGUAGUGUGGCCAAGGGGGAGAGGGUUGAUGCGCUGCUUAUGGGCAAGUUGGGUGAGUUGGAGCGCUGAAGACAAUCAUAUCAUGUCUUUGUUAGAACGCUGAAGACGGGUAUGUGUGUGUGUGGUGUGAUGGGAUGAAAGUGCCGUUUCUUGCCAGAUGUCAGUCUACGCAAAUCUGGCAUCUUAUUACUCUCUUU